AACCCGGGAAAACCGGACGGUAACCGAUCACCGGGCUGAAAAGCGCGGUUUGAUUGAAGAGAAUCGCACGCCUCUUUGUUCCAAUUUCCCAAUUCCGAAGCCCUAUUCUGGUUCAUCUUCUCCCACAAACAGAGGUUGCCGCGGCGGUCGAGAGUCGACAUCACCAGCUAGCCUCGUCGGCGUCAGUCGUCUCGCGCACUUCUCUCUGCCGCCUUUCCCCAGCUUACAUAGAGCCAAACCUUAAAAACCUCGCUUAUGGAAAGUAAAGGGCGGAGAAGUUCUAAACUGGAAUGUCUGUAGCGCAACGGCGGCGGGAGUGACCGCAGUGAGCUCAGUAGCCAGCGCCGCCGUCUUCUAUGAAUUGAAACGCAGAAAAACACAGAGCUGACAGAAAGUCGAAGAGGCAUCAGGGCAGAAAACUAAACCGGCCUGCCCCCAACCUAAUGCCAAAGAGAAUUCAGACGCUCUACUGAACACAUAAACAGCAUGCAUAGACAUCUAGGCAAAAUUCCCUUCUGGUCAUUUGCAAACUCCGUUUGUAGAUUGAAAUCCCAAGUUCAUCCGGUUGCUAAAUGUCAGGGACGAACACAACAAUCUAUUCACCAGUCGUGGUUCCCUCGUGCUUUCACCACUUCAUUUGUCUCAGAUGCAGAUUAUGAUUUUUCGGGUGAAGGAUUAAAAGUAAGGGAGCCCUUGCAGCAGCGAAUAGUUGAUUCACUUCACUCGGGAAAAAGAGACGAGGCAUCGAACUUUCUUGUCGACCUGGGCAAUGCGAACUUUUCUUUGGGUGUCAAUGAAUUCAUUGAUAUUCUUAAAUAUUGUGCACAGUCACCUGAUCCUCUGUUUGCCAUGGAGACUUGGGCAGUCAUGGAGAAAAAUAAUGUGACCCCAAACCAUAGGUGCUAUAUCCAUAUGGUGCAAGCGCUUUGUAGUGGAGGCUAUCUAAAGGAGGCAUCUAACUUGAUCGCUUAUGCUGGAGAGUGUAAUGAUGUCUACCCUGUUUUGACAUUGUAUAAUGUGCUGCUAAGAGCCUGCUCUAAAAUGCAAGAUUUAGUGCACGUUAAUGUCUGCUUAGAUUUGAUGGAACGUAGAAUGGUGGGGAAGAAUGAGACUACAUAUUUGGAACUUCUGGAGCUUGCAGUUUGGCAGAAAAAUAUGUAUGCAGUCCAUGAGAUCUGGAAUAAUUAUAUAAGACAUUAUACUCCUAGUAUAGUGGCUUUGCGGAAACUCAUUUGGUCCUUCGGAAGUUUGGGAGAAACACAGUCUGCCUGCAAAGCAUUGCAGUACAUGGUGAAUGUGGCCUUUGUAGGAUGGAAUAAGGUGAUCAGCUCUGGUGAAGAAAGCAACAUAUGGAGAGGCAAUUGCAAAGGACGCUAUUCUUCAAGAUUGGACAUUCCUGUCCCUUACAAUUGUGACCUGGUUUCACUGGACUUUGACUUCAAGCAAAAUAAGCAGUUGAUUCCUCUAUCAUCGGAUAAUGGCAGUGCUUUUGGUAAUGAAAGAGUUACGAGUAAUGGGUUCGUCAUAGAUCAGGAUGCCCCUGAAAUGAAAAUCCUGAAGUCCUCUUUUGAUGAGCUCAUUAAUGUCUGUGCUAAGACUCGAAAUAGUGGAUUGGCGAAGCAGUUAAUGUUGCAGGUACACAAUCAACUGGUGUCAUAUGCAUAGUUUCAUUUUGUCCCCCCAUUGUACUUCUGGUUUUACGGCCAUAAUACCAAAUUGUUCAGUGUGAGCUUGUAGGAUUUAAAUGUACUCGAACAAAUAUCGAUACUAGUCAUAGUUUCCUUUUGCUUUUUCUAAAGUCAAGGAGCCAAUUGAAUAUCCUGGAAUAGAAGUGAUGUUCCCUUGAUGAAUAAGUACAAGCUUUUGUUUUUUAAAAUCGGAUGAAUUAGUUUGGUAAAAGUUUAUUUCGAUGUAGUACCAUAGUAGAAGACUGUACGCAAAGAAAUCUUGGGAUCGUCUUCACGUAGCAUGCGUGGCUUCUUGCAAUGUGUUGUUCACUUUCUUGAUGUGCAUCUCUUGGGGUUAUCGGAACUUUUUGUGAUGGAACUGGCCGUCUGGAUACUGUAAGCAAAAAGAGGGAAAAUGUGUCAUGAAAGAUCAAAUGAGACGGCCUUUUUAGGAUUCUAUUGUCAUGUCUUUUUCCCAUCUUUCUGUAUUGUGGUUCUCGUGUUCAUUCUCCAUCAACUUUAUUUAAAUAAUGGGCAUCAUUAGUGUUUUUGGUACAUUGGUGUUGCAAAAGAUAGGGAUACAACCUUCAAGUCGUGCGUAUGAUGGAUUUGUUAGAGCACUUGUUCAUGGGGAAGGAUUGACCGAGGGCAUGAAUAUGUUAAAGCUAAUGCAACAGAGGAAUUUGAAGGCACACGACUCGACUCUUGCGACUCUCUCAAUUGCCUGCAGCAAAAAUUUUGAACUCGACCUGGCAGAGGAUUUGCUGAAUGAACUUUCUGCUUCUCCAUAUCCUUAUCCUUGUAAUGAAUUUCUCCAAGCCUGCGAUAGAUUGAAUCAACCUGAGCGUGCAUUGCGGAUGCUGGCUAAGAUGAAAAAGUUAAACCUUAAGCCUGAUAUCCGGACAUAUGAACUGCUCAUUUCCUUGUUUGGAAAUGCGAAUGCUCCAUAUGAAGAUGGGAACUUGUGGUCACAGAUGGGCUGUUUUAAAAGAAUAGAAGCUAUAGAGAAGGAUAUGGCUAAAAAUUGUGUGGAGCACAGUCAUACUUCAAUUAGAAACCUGCUGAAAGCACUUGGGGCAGAAGGGAUGAUUGAUGAACUAGUUCAACGUUUACGUUCUGCGGAAGACCUUUUUUUUCGUAACAAUAUUUAUUUGGGUACCCCAGUCUACAAUACGGCCCUACAUUCAUUGGUCAAAGCUAAGAAUAUCCAUUUGGCGAUGGAAAUAUUCAAAAAUAUGAGGUUGAGUGGUGUCGACCCGGAUGCUGAAACUUACAAUAUAAUGAUUGACUGUUCCAGUGUUAGUCAGUGUUUCAAGUCUGCUUUAUCAGUGCUCUGCUUGAUGUUGCGAGUUGGGUUUGAUCCUGUAGCUACUACCUACACAGUACUCAUGAAGAUUCUAAUGGAUAAUGAGGAUUUUGAUGAAGCUUUGAUUCUUUUGGAUCGCAUGGGGCUAGAAGGAAUUUCAGUUGAUGUACUGUUGUACAACACAGUUCUGGAUAACGCAUUCGCCAAGGGCAGAGUCGACAUUACUGAAUAUGUGGUUGAGCAUAUGCGAAGAAACAGAGUCCAACCAGAUCCAUCUACCUGUGCCGCUGUGUUCUCCACAUACGUGAGACGUCAGUUUAAUGACACAGCAUUGCAAGCAUUGACAGUGCUAAGCAUGCGGAUGAUGCUCCGUCAAGAAGACGCCGUGCUCGAAGAAUUGAAGGCAAAGUUCGCCGAUUUGGUCCUUUCUGAAGCCUCAGAACCCGAGUCGGAAAUACUCGAGCAUUUCACAACUUCGGAUGAGGACAUCCUCACUGUUGCCCUCUUGAAUCUACGAUGGUGUGCGAUCCUCGGUUCCCCGAUUUCUUGGUCACCCGACGAGACCCCAUGGGCAAGAAGGCUUGCCGCUGACUACGAUACCAGAAGGAUGCUUGUUUGACCGAUUCGAAGCCACAAUUUUUCUUCUUGACAGAUAAUAAAGCCGACCAAGUUCCAAUGCUCUGCACUGUAAUUGCAAUUUUUGUCAGCCAUAUUAGAAGGGAGCAACAGAGCAAGAAUUUUUCUGGUGGUACUACGCGGAUUGAAGAACAAAGGAUCAUCGAAAUAGGCUCGACAAUACGUCUAACAAGUUGUCAAAGCAUCGUCCCAGAUUAAGGAUUUUGCAGUACGCAGGGUUGUAUUCACAACCAUGAUAUAUCCACCAACAACCUUUCACGUUGUUUCCUCCAAGAUCGUCGCGGCCCUUUUCCCAGUUUCCGAACCCUUAAACAACGAAGUCUAUUUACACCUUUUAAUUCGAUUAUGUGCAAAGCAUCUUGUGAGACUGAAAUAUCCCACUGUGGGCUCUCGGCAAAAUCAGAAACAUCAAUACAAGCAGCAGGUAUAUCGACGCGGAAACGAUUCAACACAGCAAGCAUUGGAUUCAACUCAGUAUCUCGCAAUUUAGCGGGAGACAAACAGAUGGAUUGAAGGAAGGAAGAGGAAGGUUAUAAAGGUGUAAUGGAAGGGCUUGGCAAUGGCACACUACAACAGAGGGAGAAGCUAGUAGGGAGCGACGAGAUGGAAAGCCCUAACUCCUCUGUUUCAAUUCCCCUCAUUUUCCUAAUCUGAUUAGGAAUAGACCUUUCUACGCAAAUGUAUAGGUUUUUUUUUUUUUUUUUUUUGCUUCAAGGGAGGCCAGCAGCCAAAAAGGAGAGGUUACAGAGGGCUAUAAAGAAAGAGAUUGAGCAGGAGCCACAAUACUCCGCUCAAAACUAACACCCGAAAUGUCAUCCCUAAUAAUCGAAACUAGCCCGGAUGGUGAAUUACUCA